UGUAUUCAGAUACGUGCCUUUGUGCACCAUUACGAAGCGACCCCAAUGGCCUCGUAGCAACCCUCUAAUUUCGCUUUCAUACGGGAACAGGGCAGUCCUGUUCGCACUCACAGCUCGUCUCGAAAUGCGUCCGGGAUUGGCGGGCAUAGCGGCGGAGAUGCUGAGCGGGGCUACUUGCAUGGCCAAGCCGAGGCUCGGCAGCCUCUUGCUGUCUCCCCUCACCAAAACACUGCCGCCGAUGUCAAGCACGGGGAGCCGCAGAUUUCGGUCCACGUCUUCUAUGCAGGGGUUUUCAGAGCUGGCCAGAGAGCGGUCGAAGACUGUCACGUCGUUUUAUAACCAGUCUGCCAUUGACGUCUCCGCAGAAAAGGCUUCAGUGCGACUGACCUUAGCGACCCUGCUGUAUUCUGGGAAGUCUCCUGAUGGACAUCACAUCUUGAGCAGUGCCAAGUACCUACACAAGGAGCUGCCUGUAAGGAUUGCUCACCGUAUCAAGGGUUUCCGUAGUUUGCCCUUCAUCAUAGGUUGCAACCCAACCAUUCUUCAAGUGCAUGAGUUGUACAUCAGAGCGUACCACAUGCUCAGCGACUUUCCUCCGAUCAAGGAUCAGGAUGUGGAGGCACGUUUCUGUAAGCUGGUGCAGCAGCUGCUGGACGACCACAAAGACGUGGUCACCAUGCUGGCCCAGGGCUUCAGGGAGUGUCGCAGACACAUCCAGGAUGAGAUGAUUCUCCGUAACUUCCUGGAUACGACGUUGUGCUCUCGUCUGGGGAUCCGAAUGUUGGCCACGCACCACCUUGCUCUCCAUGAAGACAAUCCUGAUUUUGUUGGGAUCAUAUGCAGACGUCUGUCUCCUAAAAAAAUCAUCGAGAAGUGGGUGGACUUUGCGAGGCGUCUUUGUGAGCACCAGUACGGUAACUCGCCCAGAGUGAGGAUUAACGGACACGUAGCAGCUCGUUUCCCCUUCAUCCCACUGCCUCUGGAUUACAUCCUGCCUGAGCUGCUGAAGAACGCCAUGAGGGCCACCAUGGAAAGCCAUCUGGACACCCCCUACAACGUGCCCGAUGUGGUCGUCACCAUCGCCAAUAACGACAUUGAUUUUGUCAUUAGGAUUUCAGACCGUGGCGGCGGCAUCCCUCACAAUAUUAUUGACAAGGUGAUGGAUUAUCACUUCAGCACGGCUGAGGAGAGCGCACAGGACCCCCGCAUGAGCAACCUCUUCAACAGCAUUACCAACAGUGGAAACCAGUCCAGCCCCAUGCAUGGGUUUGGCUUUGGUUUGCCUACAUCCAGGGCAUACGCUGAGUACCUUGGCGGCUCUCUAUCCAUACAGUCAAUGCAGGGCAUUGGCACAGACGUCUACCUACGUCUGCGCCACAUCGACGGCAAAGGAGAGAGCUUCAGAGUCUAACGCCUGUCCUCCUUAUAGAUCCUCACCCAGGAAACAGGCUGAGCAGCAGGCAGAGGGUUUCUAACCAGGAAGGCUGACAUGGACUUCAGGACUUUGGUCCACAGAGAGAUAGCCUACACAGUAUGUUGUCAGAAAGUUCCUAAAUUCACCUAUCCACUACUUUUUCUUUAUUUCUUUUGCCUUAGACUGAUUAUAAGCUAUGUUAGCUCUUUAGUUGAUGAUUCUGGUUGUUCUCCUUUUUAUUUUGUACCCUGUGGCAUGUUGUUUCAGAGUUUUGAGGGGUGUAUGAACUUUGAAUGUUUAGGUUAUCGGGACAAACUGUGCAUGAUAGCUGGCAUCGAUGUUACUGUGGAAGGAAGGAAGGAAGUAAAAAAAAAGAGCUUCAGUUUUAAAGAAGUUCAACUUUGAAGUUACUUGUAUAGCCUAAAAAAGUAGAUGUUUUGAUGAUAAAAGUUUCAAAUGAAACUUCUGAGACACUCCAACAAACCUGUCAAAAUUGCUCAAAGCUGCUCAUCUUUCCCACAUUGAUCAGAAAGACCAGAGUAAGAUCAUCCAUAUCUUUUUCUUUAUUAUAGUCUAAGGUUUACCAGGGAGAAUGGAUUCAGUGUCCCUGUAUUAGCAUGUGCUGUUAUCCCUUGAAACCCUUUAAUUACAUCCGUCAAACAAAGCCUUUUCUGAGUCAGGCUGCGGCUGAAAAAGCAGAAGAAAACUGCCAAAACACCAAAAGCUCAUUAAGUCAUUUCUGUCUGGUUCAGUUGAGACAGCACACGCAGUGAUGGGCGUCUUUGUUUAGCAGUGGUUUUUGUGGAGCUUCCAAGCUGGGAAGCCAGCCGAGACGUUCAGUUGCCUUACUGUGUCUUUCUGCAUGCAGACUUUUUCUUACAUUGUCUUCUUCUGUUGCCUUCAUGGAUCUCCACCGUGUCGCUCAGUCUCAUUAGUUUCAUGUCAGACGUUUUUGCACAAUAAAUAGAUUUCCCUGUAAAUGUAAUGCUCAGCACUUGCACCAAUCAUAGUUAGCUUUUGACUUUAUUGUAAUGACUUUAAGAGUAACAAUAUACCAGAGAAGUAUUGUUUAAUAUUGUCUCCUUUUUCUGUUUUAUCUGAAUUUAGUUGUUUUUUUUUUGUAGAAAGUGUGUCACUUGUAUUUCAUUUUGAUGUGUUUUUGAGAAAGUUUUGUAUAAAAUAACAUUUCAGGAUGGGUCAACAACUGGUUUCUGCAUUGUUAACUGUAGAAGUUCACAUGAGCUGAAGUUUGAGUCCUUAUUAGAAACAUUUUCUGCAGGUCAAAACUUGAUUUUGUUAUUUGCUUGAGACGACAGCGGCUUUCUUUUUAGAAAUUUAGGAAAAAAUCUAUUUAUUAAGCAAGAUUCACCCUUUUUGAUGCAUUUUCCCUCUUACAUCUCACCUGUGCUAAAUGUCUGACCAAAUAAGAUCAAACAUGUCAUCAAAACACUGUAGGGUCUUUGUCAUUAAUGUAAUUUAUCAUACAAAUGUUCAUUCUGUUACACACUUGCAGACGGCCUCUUUUAAAUGUGUCUACAGCGAUUCAAUGAGUUGAUGACAAAAAGACUGAUGGGCUUAGCUGUCAAAGGUGUUUAUAAGAAAAUGUAAGGAAGUCAAAUUCUGCUCUCUCAUAAUCAACCUAACCUUAUAGUUCCCACACACAACGGCUGCGCUGUGACCCGUCUGCAACUCUUACUGCGGAUCAAAUCGCUCCCUCUCUAGUCAAAUGUAGCAGCUCCUCUGCCAUGCUCCGGUCCCUGAAGCACAACUCCGCUCUGCGUUAUUGGUGAUAUGCUGCAGGUCUUUUUUCAGCGCUGCUACAAUGAGCAGUUCCAUCCAAACAGCUGGAAAAACGUACAAAGUAUCCAGUCAGCUUCAAAAUACAACACAACGUACGAACUCCCGAUCAUAAACCAUCACUAUAUCAACAUUAUGUCUUGUCCUGUAGCGAGAGAGAAAGGUCACUGAGAGGUCAGUGGGUCACAGAGCUACAACGGCACCAUUGAUGAGAAAAAGUUAACUUUUGAGAUAAAAAAGCCUCAGAUUUUACGUGAAACCACUCAUCCUUUUAAGCAAAUAAUAACCUUUUAACUUCAUGAUGUACUCACCUAUGGUGGAAGCAGUAAAAUCAUGGAAUCAUGUCGAAAUGAAUGGCAAAUCAACCCCAAAAAAGCAAAAUAAUCCGCUGUUGAGAUACUAUUCCUGCAUGAACUUGCAGUCUCCAUGAACUCCUCUCUUGUCUCAAGCUGAGAAGGGCUGAGCAUCACUGUGCCGCGCUAUAGCCACACUUCCAGUGUACGAGGUCGCUCGCCUUCAAUCGGAGCAAAACUGGCGCUGUGGAGCAUGGCACAGCUGUUUUAUAUGAAAAUUGUGGGUAAUGUAAGACCGAUCUCUAAGUAAAGGGUGUCAAAUUGUUAUUUUGUCUAUUACAGAAAUAAUUGCAAUCUAGAUUAUGCAUUUAAGAAGAGUGUUUUAAGGCCUGUCUGAAUUCCUGACAGGCUCUUACGUGGAAGCUCUACUACAACAAAAUCCUUCACUUGCUCCCCACCUACUAAUACUGCCAUUCAUGCUAAAAAAAGAUUUUAUUUUGUAACUCAUGCUGUUAAUAAAUUAAAAAAACAUAUUCAUUAAGCUUUGUCUCUUGACCAAACUGAUAUAAAACAACAAAAUCUGCAUCAGACAGUGGAAAUGACUAACCUUGCAAAUCCGAUGGAUUGUCCAGAUUCCAUGUCUACCAUCAGGCAGUUAAUUUUUACUGUAAGCCUGCAAACAAGUUUUGUCAGGAAUGGACAUUUCUUAACAAAAAGAAGCGCAAAGAACCACAACAAAAUCUCUUCUUGGUGGAAAAGAUGUUUUUGCUGUUCUCUAGUCCAGACCAGCUUUGGCAAGAGUUUGACUUACCAAAUGACUCCGGUGAUAGUUAAUGCACGAUUUUGGAUUUUUGUCUGUAUUCAAUGUCCCUAAAUUUGCGAACUCAUUUUUCCUAUACGGAUGUAUUCAACAACUUGUUAUUGUAAAGAAUACAAAGUCCCUCAUGUACUAGAAUUGUCCUCUUAAUCAAAUUAAUAAUCCUAAUUAAACAGCAGGUUUACAAAAUAAAACACAAUUUCAUUUCUUCUCAUUUGCAAAAAAUACAACUUCCUGAAAUUCAGAGCUGUAAAGGAAUGAGGAUAAUAAAGAAAAAGCUUUAGCUGAGGUAGGUCCAUUGAUUCUGCUUCAAAUUCCUUUUUAGAGUGGUUUCUAAAUAAUUACAGGAUUAUGUUAAAAUGCUAUCUCUGUAUAUCAGCCUUUUUACUCCACUGUUACUGUCAGUUGUCAGAGAUUCUUACCCUGUUGAAAAUAAAGAAAUGUAGAGUACUGUGCAGAACUUUUAGGCAUGUUUGUGCAAAAAAUUGAGGCUGCAGUAAGGUAUACAGUGCUGAAUAAAUUUAUUAGACCACCUGUCUCAGAGACCAUCCAGCAUCAUGAAGUGCUUUAAUGCGGACUCCUUCAUUUUCUGUGAGCUCUCCACAAUUUACCAUGUUGAACAGGAAUGAGGAAUUUGAAACUGAAUUCACCUUUUGUAUACCCAAAUUUGAGCUGGCUCACUGGGCUUCUCUGAGAAGUCAGAAAUUAAUCAAGAAUAACUUUCAACCACUAAAACUCAUUUUUCUGUUUAGGAAUGCAAGUAAAUAACUAUAAUUUGACAUAACACUGUAGAUGAAGCUAGCAAGCUGCCUGAGGGCACCAUCUGGCAGAAGGAUUGACAACCCUGGUCGUGGUCUGGAUGUCCUUGCAUAUUACCAGGAGCAUGGGAAAACAAUCUGUUGAAAAAAAAAAGUACAAAGUCCUCACCUUUAGGGCAGAGGGAAGGGUGGAUGUGGCGAGUAAGCACAGCCUAGGGUACCGCCCCUGCAGGUAGUACAAUUGCCAUGAGCCCCUGGGUUUACUGAGGAUGUCCCAAGGGCCUGAGAACUGCUGGUGGUUUCCAGGAUGGUGAAUCCUUAGCGCCCUGCAUGCCUUAAACUUAUGCACAUUCCUGAUCCUGAUCUAAAAAAAAUGUACUGGGUGCUAUAAGCAAAGCUCCAGAGAAAUAUGGGUCAAUCAGAGUCAGUGUCAUGAGGUUUAAAACAUUUUACCCCAUAGAUCCACCUUAAAGCACUCCUCAUAUUUUAUUGAACAUUUCCCAGCAAGCAUCAGCUCUCCAGCAGCACAUCAAGCUGAGUGUAACUGCUGGGAGCACUUUGCUAUUUUAUCUUUGGGAUCCUGUGCUGUAUUUAGAAAAACAGUAAAUCUAUGAACAUAACUACAGAAGCCCAGAGAGGACAUGCAUUCGUACAGUUAAUUUCAUCCUAUUGUCUUGUAAUAGCAAGUCAUUCUUCUAGCAAGCUGCUUUCUUAAAAUUUGGACCUGUCUCAUCAUCUUGUGAUGAUGACAUUGGUUUUCCUGUGAUAAGAAGUUAAUUUCUCAAAUUAAUGAUGUUCUUAAGGUCAAUAAGUAAAGAAAAAAACACGAGAUUUAGCUACCAGUUAUUAUUGAAAAGCAGACUACAAUAAAAAGUAUGGGUGCAUGUCUUAAUUAAUAGAUGAAUGAUCAACCUGCAGUUAUCUUUACUAAAAUUGACUAUUUCGAGUUUCUUUAAAGCAAGAUCAGGUAAGCAGGCUUUCUUAUGGAGAAAAAAUGAGAAAAUUUGACUCUUUUUUUUUUAACAUAAAAUGAGACUCUAGCUUGAGUUGUAAGGACAGAAGGGUUUUGCUUUCACUCAAAAAAACAGAACACUUUCUUUGUUUUUCUGAUUUAAAAGGAUAUAUAUAAGAAUUAAGGUUAAUUUUUGACAGAUAAAAUGUGCUCCUAGUCUCUGAUUAGUAAGAGAAUCAGAAAGAAAAUCGCUGUUUUGUUUGAACUACCAAUAGAGUUAUCCCCUUAACUCAGAAUCCUGAAAGAAGAUUUUUUUUGUUUUCACAAGAGAACACAAAACGGUCCAUUGUGUAAGAAAUUGAAUCAUUUUAGUAGAAAUAUACCAACUAAUAUUUUAUUUAUGACACAAAAUAACCCCAGAUGUAUUAUCUAGGAAUGAAAGACAGGUGAAGAUCAGCUUGUUGGUAUAAAUAGUAUGAUAGUAUAUGAUUAUUAAAUGUUUAUUGUUGGUUUGAAGGUCUUUAAGAUGUAGUUUAUCCCUGGUAAACCAGGGGAUGAGGGGUGUUAUGACCCUGGGUCAUAGUUUUGCAUUGUUUCGGUUUACUGCACAUUUGCAGCUCUGUGUCCUCCCCUGCAGUGUUGAGUGUGUGUCUCUGUGUCGGUGUGUCUGAGUGAUUAGGUGGUGAUGCAGGUGGCUGUAGCCGGUUGGGUCAUUGAAGAGGAAGGUGCUUCUGCUGAUUGGAUCUGACCACUUUCCCCCUUAUGAACACUAGAUUUCUAACCUUGCAAAGCCGUUUCCGUGUUUCUCACAUGGUCUCUCACUAUUAGGACGAUUAGAAAGUGACAGGACCAUUCAGCGAUGAGGGGCAUUACUUUUUGGCGCGGCGAAGUCUUGAAGUAAGCAAGCAGCGACAAGAGGCCGGUGCAAGUAUGGCAGAAGAGAUUAGCGUUGGUGCCAGCCACAAGCACCAGUUUUAUCAGAACUUGACAUUUCUUUGUUAAAAGAACAAAAAAUAACAGCAUUGAGUUGUUUUCUUUUCAUAAAUAACAAAAGUCAUCUACUGACAUGUCUACAGUUGCCAUGGUUCAACAGCUCGGUAGCGGCUAUUUCACAUGUUUUGUUGCUCUGAUUCACCUGUAAAGAUGCAACAGACAGCACAUUCAUCCCUUUCCCAAACACCAUCUAUGGAAGGUUUUCCAGGUUUUCCAUCUGGUAUGUCCGGUUACUAGAUUUAAACAUUUCCAGGUAAAUUUAGAAAAUAGAUUCACAUGUAGGCUGCCAGUGUUGUGUGAUGCACAUUGUUCUUCUCAGAUCUUUUGGACUUUCUCCUCCAUCUACAUCACCAUAACUUCUUCCUGAUAUUUCUCUUUGCUAAAACUGCAGUUUAAAAUUAAAAAUGUUUUUAAGGAUGGCACUCCAUUUGAAGAAUAACAAUGCAGUGAUAUGGCAGCCUUCUUGGAGUGUCAUCCUUAAAGUCUUUUUAAUUUGAACUCUAGUUUAGUUUCAGUGAAAAAGACAAAAAAGGAAGGAGCCACUGGGAUGAUCAAGGCGAGAACAAUCAAAAGAUGUGAAUUUAUCUUGAAAUUUCUUUUAACUGUAGAAACAUAGUGACACUUGGUACAACGUUCAUACAAAAGACACUCAUGUUACUCCAGUAAGGUCAGUAUGUCUUAAUAUGCAGGUUUCCCUUUAAGGAUGACACUCCUUAGAAGAAGAGCAACGCAACCACUAGGGAUGCACAGAUGCUUUGGUUUAACAGACAUCAGCCGUCAGCAGCUGAUGUGUGCAUGAACCAGUGCCAGAAACGGAUGUAUCAGUUAAUCUUGGCAGUUAGUACACCUCACAGCUGAUUCAGAGAAGAGAUUUAUGACUGAGCAGAAGAUUUCACCUGUUGGUGAAACUCUGAUCUGCUUUCAUGCCGAAAUAGUCAAGGCCUUUGUACACCAGAGGCAUUUUUGUACAAAUAAUCUAUACAAUUUCAAUUGAGCAUGCAGCAGGUCGAUACAAGCUUCUACACUAGCAGCGUAAUUACGCUGUGCAAAAUUGCGGCUACUAUUUUUUCUAACUGUUGUAAAUUUUUCAAAAUUUUUGCUCCUGAUGAGUAAAGUCAAAGUCUCCUCUGACCUCAGACAGCUAAUCACUGCUCCGGGUCAAUUGAAUCCUGGAAAUUACUCCUCAGAUCAGUCCGUAACACAAACAGGUGAGCCAACCCCCCCCCCCCCCAGCAGAGCUCGAGUGUGCCUUUAACAUUAUUAUUAAUAUUUAGUUAAUAGGAUUAAGGAAAAGUUGGUCCCUCCUCCCAGCGGGCAAAGAGGGAGCAGUGCUGUGAAGGAAACAGUGAACAAAGGGCACUGCCCUCUUACCUGUUUGCACUGCUGCCUUUAUGUAGAGAGGCAAAAACCUCAUGUGAUCAUCCGCCCUCUAUCUUGAAGGCCUCUAGAGUGUUGCACCAAAAGAUGCAAUGAAAAAGUAACCAAUCAUUAUCAGCGAACGGCUGAAUGUUUUACAGUUGGUGCAUCUCUAGCAGCAACUUGACAUCACUACCCAGUAGACAUCAAACAACGUCAACCUGCAUGUGAUAUUCUAAAUUUCUCUAAAUGUAGAGCUCUAGUGUGCUUCUUUGUAGAAAAUACAUACAAUAGAUUCUAAGAUUGACUGAACAAGUACAGUGUGUUUUAAUGUGCAGGGUUCCUUUAAAAUACAGUGUGUAAAUAUUGAAUUUGGCAGCCAGGCACUCAAGAAGGACGCCAUAUGAACAGUCUGCCCCCUGCAGGGCUGAAAAGAGAAGUGCAGGCAGACUGAGGGGAUAAAAGUGCAUCAUUUCAUUUUCUCAACAUCAAAGUUUCUGAGUUUGUAUUUUCCACAUUUCUGCUUUUGUAACAUUUGAAGUAUAAACUGAAGACAAACAACAACAAACAUUUCAAAUCUCCAGUUAAAGCUAAAAGCUGGAGUCAUGUUACUGAUUAAAUGUGCUGCCAUAAACUCGACUGAUGUUUAGUUUCUCCCUCAUGUUUUCUGUUGUGUUCAGGACUCUGUAAACAUUAAAUUUCACAUGGUUGGAAAUCUGAGACUGAGCUUUAUUUUUGUUCUUAUAGUUCAUAUUAAAUCUAAAACAGCACAAUCUUUAUGUGUUGCCUGUCCAACGGAGGAGGAUUGAGUUGUCGCAAGGGUCUUACAGCUAUGUGAAAGGCCGUGUGUAAAUAUUUAAAGUAUUCCUGGAUCGUGUAUUUACAUAAUGCUGUCCUUCAGGGAAAAUAGUUUUACUGACACACAUCAUCUUCCAUGACAGCUACUCAGUGAGUUUGUUUCACCAGCAGGAAAUGUUGAUUUAGUGCUGUAAUCAUGCUGCUAUACAGCUGACGUUUGACUUUUAGAUCAAAAUCAUGACCUUUAAAAUAAUAAACUCCUCGUCUUCAUUAGUCCGUUCUAUUUUUAAUGUACAUUCAGUAAAAACUGCCCUGACACUUUCUGGAAAAUGACAGGACAACCUAUCCAGAAAAUGUCCUGAUUUGCUUGUUUACACUUGUCCCUCACAGUAGGAAGUUUUCCUUAGCCAAUGGUGGGUUGGGGGAGGAAAACUACUCAUGGGCUGGCAGGAAGAUUACAUGGUUAAGUUGUUUGCACUCACACCACUAAACUCAGGACAUUUUCAGGACUUAAUGUCACGGUGAAAAUACAAACAAACUCUGGCCUGUUAGAAAUGCAGAGGAGAGCCCAUGGUGUUUAAAAUGUCAAACCUAUUAACAGUGAAUGCUUUAACUGAAAUCUCAAAAAGGAAAUCCCUUCAACUCCUCAACUAAUGGUUUAGGGAUUUACUUUACAGCACAAAAAACAGUAGUCAUUGUAAGAGCUUAUUGCCAUCACACAUAAAAUACUUUGACUUCAUGCCUUUCUUUUUCUGUUUAAAAUCCAUAAUAGGAUGAAAGCCUGCCCUUCGUACAUUCAUUACUGUCACAGCUUUCAAUCAAGUUCCUGUUUCCUCUCAAAAUAAAAAUCUGUUUGUAGCCAAACAAACCUUUGGCUAACCUUUUGAAACUACCAGUCUUUUGCACCCUAAACUACA